GAUUGAGACAAGAUUAACAAAGCAACACUUUCACUAAUCCUCUAAUGGCAGAAGAGAAGAUCUUGAAGAAGACUCCGGCGGCGAAGAAGCCGCGAAAACCUAAAACCACCACUCAUCCUCCAUACUUUCAGAUGAUAAAAGAGGCUUUGAUGGCUCUGAAAGAGAAGAACGGAUCAAGCCCUUACGCUAUAGCUAAGAAGAUAGAGGAGAAACACAAGUCUUUACUUCCAGAGAGUUUCCGUAAAAUACUUUCUCUACAGCUUAAAAACUCUGUCACUAAAGGUAAGCUCGUGAAGAUCAGAGCCUCUUACAAGCUCUCAGAUACCACCAAGAUGACAACGAGGCUACAGGACAAGAAGAGUAAGAAGAAUAUGAAGCAAGAAGAUAAAGAGAUCACAAAGAGGACUAGGUCUUCUUCGACAAGGUCCAAGAAGAGUAUGUCUGUGAAUAAACAAGAAAAGAUGAGGAAAGCGAAGAAGGCGAGACAGCCUAAGUCUAUCAAAUCUUCAGCUGGUGAAAGAGCUGUUUCAAAUUCAUUUGAUAUGUCUCUAUUGGAAAUCAAUGCUAACUACCCUGCUGUUCUUGAGUUUGUGGCCAAUUUACCACCUGAUGUUAUGCCACUGACUAUCGAAGACUCGAAGGCAAAACAAGUGAAUGCAGAACAGAGAAAAAAGGAUUACUAUGAUCGUUUUCCAAGGAAAACCAUCUCUGGACUCUUUUGUUUUUCUGAGACUGGAAAGUGCAACAUAAUUUGUACCAUAAUGAAUAUCGACACAGACUAUUCUUGGUAUUUCUUUAGUUGCCUCAAGUGUAGCAAAACUGCCUAUAAGAUUCCAAAGGUUGAAAAUGAGAUUGUCAAGAAAGGUAAGAAAGAAAUGUUUUGGUGUCCAACAUGUAAGGAAGACACUCCUAAGGUGAUACCAAGGUAUCUUUUAAACGUUGGAGUGAUGGAUAACACUGGGGACACUAAAUGUCUUAUCUUUGAUAAAAGUGCACAAGAGAUAAUCGGUGUGUCUGCAGAGGAUUUGUUGGAAGGGAAGUGGGAUGAGGUUUCAACCGUUUGGCUGGGUAAUGAAUCUGACAAUCUAGAUACUGUUGAAGAUUCUGACCAGCAGACUGACCAACGUAAUGACCUCUCUAUUGAUCAGGAAGGACUUGCUCUGACCAAUAGUAGUGAAACCACUGACCCUUUAGGUCCUACAUCAUCCACUCCUUCAUCUAAGCGUAGUAUGGAUGCUGUUUCUGAGGACAUUGAAGGUCAGGGUUCUACUACUAAAAAGGCAUGUGUCUCUUCCAUUCUUGGUGACAUUGAGAAGGAAGAGAUUGAAGGUGGCAAGAAUUAAGUUGUGCUGGCUGGGAAUAAUGUAGAGAGCUUGGCUGUAGCAAUUAGUUUUCUAUUUUUUCUUUUGUUCAAGUUUCAAAACUUCUUUAGUUAUUUCCUUUAGCUAUUUGCUAUUUAGUUUCCAGUUAUUUUCAGAUCAAGCAAUAAAGUCUAAGCUUCUCC